UUAAGCACACUACGCACGAUUUUAAAAUCACUAUGUUUAUUUAAAAAUUGCUUGGCACGAGUGGAGUUGGAAUGGCACAGUUGUUGACCGCGUUUUCAUUUUUCAUGUUAUUUAACGCGACUUAAAUUUCUCGAUUCUCUCGCGAAUUAUGAAAAAUGCGCGAAAUUAAAGUCGCGUAAGCAAAAAACUCCGUGAUAUUUUCAUCAUAAUCAAUUUCUGUGAAUAAACAUGUUUCUUUUUGGUUUCUUUAUUCUAAAUUUCUUAUGGGAUCGCCAACGACCUCUUGACAUGACAUGAAAGACAGAACAUGAUAACAUUGGUAUAACUGCACAGUAUCCUAUGGUUGGACGUUGGUAUGACUUUCGAAGAAAGUGUAACUGUCCUGUUCAGUCCUGUAUUCUAAAGCUGGUGUAGCUGCCUUGUGUUCUAACAUUGGUGUAACUGUUCAAUGUUCUAACAUUGGUGUAAGAGCUCAGUAUUACAUCGUUGGUAUAGCUUCCCUGUAUUUUGACGUUGGUAUAACUAUUCUCAUGUUCCAACUUUACCAUGACUGUCAAAUCUUCUAAAAUUGGCACAACUGUCCUUUGUUCUAACAUUCAUAUGACUGUCCAAUAUUCUAAGAUUGGUAUAACUGAAAAUACUCUAAAGAAUCAUGACGUUGAAAAGUCAUGAAAAAUCUUUCGGCUACGCUGCGAGAAAUUCAAGAAUACGGAAUGAAUUUGAGAUGUUGUGAAUACUUGGAAAAAGAAGGGUUUGCUUCAGUUGUCAAGCUACAACAAAGGAAGUUAUUGAAGCUUGAAGUGAACUAUGCUGAACCCAAAAAAUCAACUCAGAUGAAAUUGAGUAAUGAAGACAAUGAUAACACUCAAUAUGAAGAAAGUUGUGAAAGUUCAAGCAGUAGUGAGGAUCAAUCUGACGACAAUGACGUGCAUGAAAUGUCAGAGUACGAGAAACAGAGACUUGCCAACAUUAGAAAGAACAAAGAGUUAUUGGAUUCAUUGAAAAUUAACGAGGAAAUCAGCCAUCUGAGGGCUCGUAAACAGCCAACAAAGUUAAAGAGGCCCGUUAUGAAGAAAAAGGUUGUGGAACCAGUACGGCGUUCCCCCAGGAUCAGUAAAGAACGAGCCUCGAAUCAAUUUGAAAUGAUUACUCUGCCAGACUUAAGAAUUUAUCCAGCUGUUGAAGAAAGGAUAAAGGGUCCUGUCGAUGCAAACCCAAUAAACGAUGUUGGAGACGAUGCAAAUAAGAAAUUCAUGAAUUCCUUAGAAUUGCUUUCCAACGAAACUAAGAUGGCGACGAGCGUUGUUCCAGUUGAAGCAUCUUCCUCACAAAGUUACAAGCAGAGAAUAUCAAAAUUUUCUUUGACGUCUGAUCGAAUACGAAAAGUUGUUCCAAAAAGAAUAACGACGAUGGCGUUUCAUCCAUGUUGUGAUAAAACGAUUGUAGCGGCUGGUGACAAUGCUGGAAACAUUGGCAUUUGGAAUGUGGACGCAAGCAAGGAAGAUGAUGACGUCAUCAUGUAUCGACCACACGCUGGUAACGUUCGACAAGUAUAUUUUCAUCCAUUCAGAAACAACAGUCUUUUUUCUUCGAGUGUCGAUGGAUCUUUGAGACGAGCAGACUUCAAUGGUUGUACUUUUGAAGAAAUUUAUGCAACAGAUGAUCACGUGAUUAACAGUUUUUCGUGUCCUCUCAACUCGCGGGAUAUUUUUUUAUUGGCGCACGACGCUGGCUAUGUGGGAGUUUUGGAUACUAGAGAAACAAAGAACGAAGUGAAAACUCAUGUUUGUCACGGCAAAAAUGUCAAGUGCAUCGAUUCAAGCAGUUCAAACGAAUAUCUCUUCUGCACUUCGUCGAGCGAUGCGACUGUUGCAUUAUGGGAUUUACGAAAUCUCAAAGGGAUCAAAUCAAGUUUGGACACAUUUGAAAAGCACAGUCGUUCCAUAUCGUCAUCUUAUUUUUCUCCAGGUGAUGGAAAGUACAUUUUGACAACGUGUUGGGAUGAUACUGUUAAAGUGUUGGAAGUUACAUCCUCAUGGAAACUUGAAAUGAAACGAAAUUUUCAACAUUACAAUCACACGAAUCGUUGGUUGACGCCUUUUAAAGCUUCGUGGGAUCCACGCAGAGGUCGUGGAUUUGUUAUUGGUAGUCUUUUAUAUAGUCGACGCAUUCAAUUUUAUCAUGUGGAACAAAUGGAAACGUCCCCACUGUUGGAAAAGUUUGAUCCAAACUUCACCACAAUCACAUCGAUAAAUGUUUUUCAUCCGACAAGGAGCAUUCUUGGCGCUGGAAAUUCUAGUGGCAAAAUUUAUAUAUGGUCAGAUUAAAAAUAAUACUUGUUUUAUUUCAUCCCUUAUUACUCAGGGAGAUUUUUUUCUUUUUUUUAUGUAUAGUUAGUAGGAUGGAUGGGUUUCUAAACCGUUUUUUUCGAAAUUAUGAUUACUUUCAAAGAUGUUGAAUUUCUCCUUAACGAUACGGCAUGCAGUGAUAUGCCGAGAUAGUGGGGCACAAAGGUGCCACUCUUGAUAAACAGCUACAAUGUAGCUACAAAAUAAAUGAAAACAGAUUCUUUUGGGAAAGUGUUAUCUGAAUUGCAAAGUUCAUAGUAA